AUGUCUUCUGCUGCUUGUAUUUUCUGCAAGAUCAUCAAGGGUGAUAUCCCUUCUUUCAAGCUCUUCGAGAGCGAGAAGGUCUUUGCCUUCCUCGAUAUUCAGCCGCUCAGCCGCGGUCAUGCUUUCCACGGUGCGAAGCUCACCGACAUUCCCGACGACGACCUGCUCGAGAUCCUGCCCGUAGCGAAGAAGAUCGCCAAGGCCAGCGGCGCUGAGGAUUUUAACAUCCUGCAGAACAACGGCCGUAUUGCUCACCAGGUCGUUGACCACGUCCACUUCCACAUGAUCCCCAAGCCCAACGAGCAAGAGGGUCUGAGCAUUGGAUGGCCCGCCAAGGAUGCUGAGAUGGAUAAGCUCAAGGCUCUGUACGAGGAGAUCAAGGCUAAGAUGUAA